AUGGAAUCUCUCGUCUAUGAAGAUUCGCCGCUGGCAGAGUACCUUCAGGGGGAAGGCGAACUUGACCCGAACUGGCCUGUUCAGGAACCCGAGAGCUCCAACGAUGUUUCCGACUCGACCGCAGCAGACUUCGCCCCCCGAGGAACGUCGAAGUUCCAGAGUCGGAUUCGCAAUAAACUCCCUAAACCCUUGGAUUUGAAGGUAUCACAGCAGAGAGCGGCCCUGGGGAGGAUUUAUGACACUUGCACGGUAUGGCCUCGCCGGUACAUUGUGACUGCUAUCAGCAGCAGGCUGACGACUCACCUUUUCCGCCCGCAGUCCGCUUUGAACGCACGUAUUGCACGGAGCGACAACGAGAGCUUUCUGGAACAAUUCGGCUACGUUAUCGUUGCGUCCCAGCUGUUGAACGAACACAGCGCCCCUUCCUAUACGUCAGCAUCCGACGUGCUGUCAACUUCACAGCCCGCAGACCUUCCCUCGCUUUCCACAACAUUCGGACUACAAGGGGCGGUUGUAACUGCCUCGACUUCGUUCUCGAUCGCUUGGUUGUUACAUUGGAGUCGAUCUCGAACCGGAACUGGCAUCAAUCCUCGCAAAGUGGGUGUACUUCUAAUACUGGUACCGGUGAUUGGGGUUUUUUUCUACGCCUUCGCAAAACGACAGUGGCUCAAAUAUCUGCGACACCAAGCCGUGGAAGCGGCCGCGUCGUUCAUCAGCAAUGCUCAGGGUUUCGAUUCUGCCGCGUCUGCAUCGGUUGUCUUCAUUCAGGAGGUUGAGCUGGUCUCAAGAGGCUACCGAAUAAGCACGCCCAUGCCUCCUGUCAGUCGCCUUGAAGACCAGGCACAAACGCGACGGUGCCUGCGCCUGCGUCGGACCGUUUCCGAGAGUUUCUUUUCCAUGCUGGGUCGGUACAUUCGGGCGCAGCGCAUUCUGCAGCCGCUCACAGACGACGCCAAUUUGGCCAAAUACUACGACAUCUACGAUAUCACCGAGGAAGAGCUCAUCGAAGCCGAAUCAACGUUUAACGAGCGUGUGACCGAUGAUCAAUAUUCUCUGCGUUAUCUCCGCACGCUGUUCGGGAGACUAUACAUUGUCAGAAAGAGCAUACUCUGCUGCCUGCUGGCUCUCGGCGCCGACGGCGGCGGAUCGGAUAUCGCAAGAUGGAGUACUGCCGUUGAACAAAUGCGCGACUUGUCCGAAAUCACCGGACAUAAUGUGCGCAAAAUGAGCAACAUCCUGAACGAGGACGACCGCGAAGCUAUCCCCCCUUCACCUCUACCUACCGCUUCUCCGAAUAAGGACGGCCUCCGUGCCCAAUAUCGGAAACUCAACUCUCUCUCACAAGGAAUCCGGGCGCUCCAUGCCAAAAUGCACAUCAUCCGGGAACUCUCCAGCGCCAGUCUUGAGCGAUCAGACGCUAGUGAAUUCGAACCCACCCUUCUGUCGCAAUACGAGUCGAUCGGAGCGGACAUCAAAAGCAUCCUUCAGGAAUGGGAGGCUGGAAAAUCGGCUCUUGCCAACAACAUGGCCAAGCAGUCGAGUGUGGAUCGUCUUUCGCGACCACCGAGCAGUCUGUCUCCCAUGCCCAUGUCUCCGACGCCUAGCCUCGGCGGUGUGACGGCCGUGGAAGGUAGCCCCACAGACGCACUCAAAGCCUUGAACGGCGAGCGACCGGACUCCAGCCUUAUUCAAAACAUUGAUGACGAGGAGAUCUUCGAGGCCGUGGCUCUCCCGGCUCGUGCCAGCAAACGGAUGUCCAUGACGAGAGAGGAGCGCAUCGCCCGUGUCAAAGAAGACCGAGCUAAACAAGCCGCCGCUAGAGACCGCGUUGACGCGAAUACCCAUAUGUUAAAGGAGCUCGAGAUGCCUAAGGCCAGACGCGAACCCGCGAGCGCGUUUCCCCACCACGCCUCAGGCGAACCCUCGUACGCGAUUUCAUUUCUCUUCCUUUAUCCCCGUCAUAACCAUCCUUCUUCCCGUACUUCCAAUUCCAACCUCCUCUCGACCUUGUUGGAAGCCCGCCUAGAACAAGCCUCUCUCCUGAAGAAGGUCGUCGAUGCUAUCAAGGACCUUGUGCAGGACUGCAACUUCGACUGCAAUGACUCUGGAAUCGCUCUCCAGGCCAUGGACAACUCUCACGUUGCUCUGGUCUCUAUGCUCCUGAAGGCCGAGGGUUUCUCCCCCUACCGAUGCGACCGCAACAUCGCUCUCGGUAUCAACCUGGUUUCCCUGACCAAGGUUCUCCGGGCCGCCCAGAACGAGGAUAUCCUGACCCUGAAGGCGGACGACUCGCCCGAUGCCGUGAACCUCAUGUUCGAGAGUGCCGAAACCGACCGACUAAGCGAGUAUGAUAUCAAGUUGAUGGACAUUGACCAGGAGCACCUGGCCAUUCCCGAGACGGAGUACGCCGCUACGGUUGAGAUGCCCUCGGCGGAGUUCCAGCGGAUUUGCAGAGAUUUGAACGCUCUGUCUGAGUCGGUUGUCAUCGAGGCCACCAAGGAGGGCGUCAAGUUCUCCUGCCAGGGUGACAUCGGCAGUGGUUCCGUUACCAUCCGCCAGCACACCAACGUCGACAAGCCCGACCAGAACGUCUCCAUCGCCCUCAGUGAACCCGUUGCCCUCACUUUCUCCCUCAAGUACCUUGUCAACUUCUGCAAGGCCACCAACCUGUCUGGCAAGGUUUCUCUUUGCCUGUCUCAGGAGGUGCCUCUGCUUGUGGAGUACGGGCUCAGCAGCGGUCACUUGCGAUUCUACCUUGCUCCUAAGAUCGGCGACGAGGAGUAA